AAAUCAAUCAUCAGGUUGCAUUCAUUUUCUAAUUGUUUGGUUUUUCUUUCUUUAAUUAACCGGUGAAUGUCAACUUUCUUUCUACUAAUUAACUGAAUUGUUUGUUUCUUUUGCUCUCUCUUUACACUUGAUCAUCAUGUCGAUUGAUGUUGGUAAUCGAUGGACUCACCUGAGGAAAAUUCUUGGUCGCAAUGGUCCAUUUUGUCAGAGUGACUAUGAACCUGGUUCGGAAGCGCUUAAAUUUAUUCUUGAAUCGUGUAAAAUUUUGAUUGUUGGCUGUGGUGGUUUAGGUUGUGAACUACUCAAGGAUUUAGCUUUGAUGGGAUUCAUGAAUAUUUCAAUCAUCGAUAUGGACACAAUUGAGCUUUCCAAUCUAAACAGACAAUUUUUAUUCCGUGAGAAAGAUAUUGGUUGUUCCAAAUCUGAAACAGCGGCAAAGCUCAUCAACGAAAGGAUUCCCGGUGUUCAAGUGAAACCUUAUUUUUGUAAAAUCCAAGAUCUUGAUCCUGAUUUUUAUCGUGAUUUUCAUGUUAUAGUUUUAGGGCUCGAUUCAAUUGUUGCUCGUCGAUGGAUCAACGGUAUGAUUUGUAGUCUCCUCAAUUAUGAAGAUGGUGUUUUAGACCAAAGCUCAAUCAUACCUCUUGUUGAUGGAGGAUCUGAAGGAUUCAAAGGAAAUGCUCGUGUUAUCAUACCCGGAAUGACCGCGUGUAUCGAGUGUACCCUUGAUCUGUUCCCGCCGCAGAUUAAUUAUCCUCUUUGCACCAUAGCCAAUACUCCGAGGCUACCUGAGCAUUGUAUUGAAUAUGUAAGAGUCUUACAAUGGGCACGAGAAAAGCCCUUUGGGGAUGUAGCAAUCGAUGGUGAUGAUGUUAGUCACAUUCAAUGGAUUUAUGAGAGAUCAGCUGAAAGAGCCAAUCAGUUCAACAUUCCAGGAGUUACUUACCGGUUAACUCAAGGAGUAGUUAAAAGAAUCAUGCCCGCUGUUGCUUCAACCAAUGCCAUUAUCGCCGCCGUUUGUACCACUGAGGUUUUCAAAUUGACAACAAGUUGUUGUACUCCCAUGAAUAAUUACAUGGUUUUUAAUGAUGUCGACAGUAUUUACACUUAUACUUAUGAAGCAGAACGAAAUCCCAACUGUCUAACCUGUUCUCGCGUCCCACAAGAAUUGAAAUUUACAAUUGAGACUAAAUUACAAGAGAUAAUUGAUCUGUUCAUUAGUGAUGAUAAAUAUUCAAUGAAAGCUCCAGGAUUGACCACAAUGAUCAAUGGAAAAAAUCGGACACUUUAUAUUCAAUCAAUUCCAUCAAUUGAAGAAGCAACUCGACCCAAUUUAAAGAAAACGUUGAAAGAAUUGGAAAUGAUCGAAGGUCAAGAAAUCGUCGUAACCGACAUAACCCGACCAAAUGCCUUAAUAUUUGUCCUCAAAUUGUCAACCACCUCACAAUCAAGCUCGUCAACAGAACCAAAAUAAUCCUGAUUAUGAACUGAACAGAAAAAAUCUCCAUAGUAAAUGUGCCCAACAAACAAAAAUGUUAACAAUUUACGUUUCUCUUUCUAAUCAUUCAAACAAUCAGCACUCAUCAAAAAACCAAAGACAAUUUGAAUUUACUACCAAAUAAUUGCCUCAUUCUCGCAGUUAAUGAUAAUUAAGAUCGAGAUGAUCAUCUAAUUAGAAAUCAAAAGUUACCUGAUUAUUAACUAUACGAAUGAUUCAAACCAAGUGGUUGUAAACUCCAAGUCUUUGGUUGUAUAGUUAAUCAAUUACUUCAACAAUUAAAAUUGAUACUUUCUAAUCAUUCAUCAUUCUAAUUAACCAAAGUGGUUCAUUUGUAACGUGUUGAAACUGUUAAAUAUUUGAUAAACUCACGAAAACAAAGAUACCAAAUUUUUAAAUUCAAAUAAAAAUGUUAAUUGUGAAUAUAAA